AUGCCGAUCAAGGAUAAAAACGGCAAUCUACUUUUGAACUUACCAGGGCGAUUAGAACCAUGGCAUGACUACUUUGAUGAAUUGCUUAAUGUUCCAUCACCAAUUGAUCAAAAACCUAUUGAUGAAAUUCAAAUAGUAACAAUAUCUAAAGAAGAAGAAGAAGAAGAAGAGAGACAAGGUGCUGGACAACCGAUGGAAGAAGUAAGAAGUACAUUAGCUCAAAUGAAGUCAUGGAAAGUACCUAGAAAUGAUGAAAUGACUGCAGAUCUACUUUAA